AUGCCAGACUCCCUCCCCGUCGACUCUGACGCACCAGCACCGAAGCUUGACGGUCUUUCCCCGUCUAGUAGUUUGUCCUCGGAUUCCUCAUCAUCUUCUCCAGCCACAAAGUCUCAUCACCGACGAUUCCUAUCUCUUGACAACAUCGAAGAAACAUCCUCCAGAAUCUUGACCCGUAUCCGCUCGCGCUCCCCUCUACCUCGUUCCUCUUCUCCGACAGCGGACAAGAAGCGCAGGCGCAGUCCCCCACCUCUGCAACCUUCCUCUGCGGCGUCUACAUCGCCUAUAUCACCCUCAUCCGUUGAUCGGGUCUACUCGCCAAGCGAAAUGUCGCCUACAUCUCAACACUCGCAACGACCCAGUAUGGGUCAUCGGGAUGCAUCCAGUAGCACAAUUGAUUCUUCGGAACGACCGAGAAGCGAUAGCUACAAGAGAUACAGCGGAACAAUUAACCACUACGGCAGGCAUUCCAAUGACUGGCUGUUCGGUGGCUUUAGCGUUCGCGACACGCUGAGAGACGGAAUUGAGAAACUGAAAGGACACAACGAAAGGGACAGCUAG